UUUCUCUGGGCCAUUGUUUUGCUCUCUUCCAGGUGCAAAGGAGAGGCACAAUGAAAAGGAAAGCAAGAGCCCACACUGGACCACACAUCAGGGUUGGCAGUGACUUUCAGGCUGAGCUCCCCGAGCUGCAGACCACAGCAGCGAGUGAGGAGGAAGAGCAUGCAUCCCUGGUCUGGAAGCCUUUGGAGGAAGAUGACUCUGACAUGGGAAAACCUGACAGAGUAAGACAGCUCUUGGACAUGGCCAGCGCCCGUGGCGUUUCCGGGCCAGCGGCUAACCUGGAGCUGGCCCUGCACUGCCUGCACCAGGCACGCGGCAGCCUUCCGGAGGCUCUGGACAUGUUGCUCUCAGGGGGGCCUCCCACACCUCAAGGCCACCCCUUGGCUGAUUAUCAUUACACAGACUCUGACAAAUGGACACCUGAGGAGAAGGAGUCCUUCGAAAAGGCUUUUCACACCUAUGGCAAGGAUUUUCAUCUCAUCCAGAAGCAGAUUCAGAGCAAGACUGUGGCCCAGUGUGUGGACUACUACUACACCUGGAAAAAAGAAUAUAAACUUGCCAAAAGUCUUGCUCAGACUGUGAGCGAACCAAAGAGGAGCCAAAGCCCUCCCAGAAAGGAGAAUGGGGAGACAGGGAAGAGAAGCCGCAAGAGGGCCCGCAACGCGGAGUGUCCCUGCUGCCAAGCGCCCCAGCCACCCCAUUUGGCGGGAGGCCCCUUUCCCUGCGGCCAGUGCAAACGGGUGUUUGAAACCGUCAAGGAAAGGAACGCACAUCGGAGAAGCCUUCGCCCACGGAAGGAAGCAGGGCCUCUCCCCAAGAAGAAAAGACCAAAUUAACCCUGCCGCUUGUCCGGGCCUCACAAGAAUUAUCUGCCAAAUGGCUCUAGAUAGAAAUCA